AUGUUUUCUUUAAAAAUUUCUUUUCUAAUUAUAUUAUUAAAUUCAAGUUGUUAUUGUCGAUAUUAUUCUCGUUUUCAUCAUAUAUCAAUAAAUGAAAAUGAAAUAUCUCCACGUCAUUUAUUAUCAUUUAAUUUAAUAAAUUCAAUAAAAUCAUAUCAAUUAGUAUCAACAAAUGUUCAAUUACAUAAAUAUUUUUCUAUUGAAAAUCAAACACAUCUAUAUGCAAUUCAAUCACUUGAUCGUGAAUAUUUAUGUGGUGAACAAUUUUGUUCAUGUAUAACACAAUGUUCAAUACAAUUAAAAAUUCUUUCACAACCAGAACAUCAAAUUAUAUUUGUUAAUAUAACAAUAAAUGAUUUAAAUGAUAAUUUACAUUAUUUUCGUUCAAAUGAAAUUCAAAUUCAUAUACCAGAAAAUACAAAUAUUCAACAUCGACAAUGUUAUCGUAUUCCAAAUGUUGAUGAUAAAGAUUUACCAGAAACAAAUCAAUUUAUUUAUCAAUUAAUUGGUAAUGGAAGUGAAAAAUUUGAAAUUGAUCAAACAAUUGGAAAUGAUUUAUGUUUAAGAAUUAAAAAUCAUCCAUUAGAUAGAGAAGAACGUACUCAAUAUGAUCAUUUAUGGAUUAUUGUUACUGAUAAACAACAACAACAAGCAAAAAUGAGAAUAAAUGUUCAAGUUUUAGAUGUUAAUGAUAAUUCACCUAAAUUUUUAACUAAUUUAACAAAAAUUUCUGUUAAUGAAACAUUUACUGGUAAAGAAAAAGAAUUUUUUUUUUUUUU